AUGGUUGUGAUCGUGCGCGCCGGCUUCAACCUUGCAUUCUUUAGCGGUGGUACAGGGUCCGCCCCUGCUCACCAUUUAAUGGAAGAGCCUAUUAUGGACAUAUUCCAUAUACGUUGGUCUGGUCUACCCAACGAUCCUAUUAUAUUGAACAACUCAUCCACCAUUUUUGUCGUUCCCAACGUACAUACUACCACGUCGUGGACCAUAAGACCCUAUGCUCGAAAAGGCGACGAAUACGCAUUGAGGAGGGUUCGGAACCUGACCAUCGCGGAGGUGCACCUUUUUAACCAACGCAUCCGACGUUGCACCACAAAGUACGAUGUCCCCACCGGAGGCUUCGCCGAAAACCUCUUCACCGAUCUCAUCAUCCCUCUCUACCUAACGUCAUGGGAGUUCGACGGAGAAGUACAGUUUCUGGUCACCGACGAUAAAAGGCGGCCGAGGUGGACCAACAAAUUUAAGGAAGUGUUGCAAAGGUUGUCGAGAUACGAAAUCGUAGACUUCGACAACCGGGAAAAAGACGGCGAAAACGUCGUCCUUUGUUUUCCAAGAAUCAUCGUCGGGUUAAAAGCCAACAAGGAGUUCAGCAUCAACGUCGUCUCUUCAGAUCAUAUUUACAUGAAAAACUUCAUGGCGUUCUUGAGAAACGCUUACGACCUGAAAAGGGAUAAUAUUAUCGCAAAAGAGAAAUUGCAGCCGCCGUCGCCGUCGCGGCUACUCGUGAUAGCGAGGAACAAAACUAGGCGGCUUGAACGCAGGUGA